GUUUACUCGUUGACAUGGUGCUUGUGUGGUGUUUAUGCUGAUGAUGCUCGUUGGAUAUUUUUGCUAAUGUUUUUAGCAAUUUUUAUCUAUAUAAAAGGCACCUUUUUAAUUUAUUUUAAUGUGCAGAAUUAGAAAAAAAUAGUAAUUCAAUCCAAGCUGUCGUGAAUCGAACAAAAUGGAGGACGUGCAAAAGCAUUCAGUACAUACAUUAGUAUUUAGGUCCUUGAAAAGAACUCACGAUAUGUUUGUGAGUAAUCAAGGCAUGUUGCCACCAAUCGAUUCGGAAAUAGACAGGAUGAUUAAAAAUAUAAAAGCUAGGGACACUUAUGGCGCGAUUGUUGACCGUGUCAAACGCAUGAAAAUUAUGAAGGCGCAGACUGAAAGUGAAAAUCCAGAUCCUCCUCCUCCCGGUGACGAAUCAUUCAAUCCCAGCGUACCGCAUCAAACGACACAUAAUUCUCUCGUGCCAGUUCCACAAAGCAGCACAGGCAUGGCGUUAGUAAUUCCACAGAAAAAGGCACCGACAAUGGCGAGACCGAGAUGGCACGCGCCAUGGCAACUAUAUCGCGUAAUUGCUGGACAUCUCGGAUGGGUCAGAUGUUGUGCAGUGGAACCUGGUAAUGAGUGGUUUGCUACAGGAUCAGCAGAUCGAGUAAUUAAGAUCUGGGAUCUAGCGUCUGGACAAUUAAAAGUAUCACUAACAGGACACGUAAGUUCCGUCAGAGGUCUUCAAUUUUCUGACAGACAUCCCUACUUAUUUUCCUGUGGUGAAGACCGUCAAGUCAAAUGCUGGGACUUGGAAUAUAACAAGGUGAUCAGGCAUUAUCAUGGGCAUUUGUCAGCUGUUUACUCGAUGGCUUUGCAUCCUUCUAUCGAUGUUCUCGUGACUGCGGGUCGCGAUGCGACCGCAAGAGUUUGGGACAUGAGGUCCAAGGUCAACAUUCACACUUUAACGGGACACACAAACACUGUCACGAGCGUUAUUUGUUCUGCAAACGAACCGCAGAUCAUUACCGGAAGUCAUGAUCAGACAAUAAGGUUGUGGGAUUUGGCUGCAGGAAAAUCUCGAGCGACACUCACUAAUCACAAAAAAAGUGUCAGAGCUGUUGCUCACCAUCCGGCUUUAUACGCAUUUGCCAGUGCCUCGCCUGAUAAUAUUAAACAGUGGAAGUGUCCCGAAGGGAAAUUCAUUCAAAAUUUGUCUGGACAUAAUGCAAUUGUUAAUUGUCUCGCAAUUAAUAAUGAAGGCGUUCUUGUUUCUGGUGCUGACAACGGCACAAUUCACUUUUGGGAUUGGAGAACUGGAUACAAUUUCCAACGUCUGCAAUCUCCUGUGCAACCCGGAUCCAUGGAUAGUGAAGCUGGAAUCUUUAGUCUUACUUUUGACAGAUCAGGUACAAGAUUAAUCACGACAGAAGCUGAUAAAACAAUCAAAAUGUACAAAGAAGACCCUACAGCUUCUGAAGAGAGUCAUCCAAUCAACUGGCGACCGGAAAUAAUCAAGCGAAGGAAGUACUAAGGAUAUCAGAUAGAUCUCUUAAUUCAUUAUUGGAUUAUUUUAAUUAAUUCUGAUUAAGAUUGACGAUUUGUAAAAAAAAGGCUAUAUAAAAUUAAAAUAAUAUUGUA